AUGGCAUCUGUGGAGGAGGACUUCCCUCGAGGAGGGUCGGCAAAGAAGCCCAUCGAGAGUAAAAUAGCUGUGCAGAGGACAGAGGUCGACAACUUGUUCCAGUCAAAUGAACCAGCAGAAUCAAAGAAAAGAAAGGGGGCGGGCAAAGAUGACGGCAAGAAGCUCAAGAAGUCAAAGACGGGCAAGGAAGACGGCCUGACACUGAACGCAGCAUCCAAGUGUGUGGAAAUCCUGCACAUGAAGAAUCUGAAGGAGGGCAUCCUGAUGCUGGGCUGUGUGAAGGAGGUGACUGACUUUGAGGUGAAGGUCAGUCUGCCCUGUGGCAUGCAAGGCUUCCUCAGCAUCAAGAACAUCUGUGACUCGUACACCAAGCUGCUCAGUGAGCAACUGGAGUCAGCUGAUACAGAGGAGAUCUGCUCUCUGCAAGACAUCUUCUCCCCGGGCAUGCUGUUCAGGUGUGUGAUUGCCAAGUUGGAUCUAGCCAAAGGAGGCGCUCUCAGCAUCCAGCUGUCAAUCAAUCCAAAGCUGGUCAACAAGGCUCUCACCUCAAACUCUCUGAAAGCUGGCAUGGUCUUGAGUGGAUGUGUGGACAGCGUGGAGGAUCAUGGCUACAUAGUUGACAUUGGCCUCAGUGGAACCAAAGCCUUCCUGCCCAGGGAAGCAGUAAAGGACAAACACCCAGAAGAGCUGAAAGUGGGUCAGAACGUCACUUGUGGAGUGGACGAAGUAAAGAACGAUGGGCGCAUUAUCCGCCUUUCUUUGAGCACCCCCACCCAGGCCUGUGCUGAAUCCGAACAAGGCUGGAACCUCACUAACCUGCUGCCUGGACUUCUGGUCAAAGCCACCAUCAAAAAGGUGACCAAACAUGGUCUGCUCCUGGACUUCCUGUCCUCCUUCACUGGCCAGGUGGACUUUCUCCACAUGGAGCCAGAACAGACAGACAGCUACACCGAGGGCGCCCAGGUGCGAGCCUGUGUGCUGUAUGUGGAUCCCUCCACCCGUCUGGUGGGCCUGAGCCUGCGCACCUUCCUCACUCAGCCCGGGUCCUCAAUCAACAUCUCUCCUGCUGGAGGAGACCGCAUCGGAGAGGUGGUGAAGGACUGCAAGAUGACCGCCAUGCACCACAUGUCUGGAGCCUUGUUGGAACUGCCUGACAACACGAUGGCCUUCGUACAUAGGAACCAUGUUAAGGAGUCUAGCGAGCUGUCCAAUGAAAACCGACUGCUGGCCAGGACUGAGCACAUCUGCAGGAUCAUGGACUUCAGCCCCAUGGACCAAAUUCACUUUGCUAGUCUGCGAAAGAGUGUGAUUUCAAAGCGUUUCUUCAGAUAUCAUGAUCUUCAGGCCGGACAGGUUGUAGAGGGCACGGUGUCAGUCCUGCUGCCUCACGGCAUGAUGGUGAAUGUGUCUGACCACAUCAAAGGCCUGGUGCCCCGCACACACCUGUCCGACAUCCUGCUGAAGAACCCAGAGAAGAAGUACAUAGAGGGCAUGAAGAUCAAAUGUCGGGUGCUCUCCGUGGACGCAGAGAAUAAGAAGCUGUGCCUGACCAGGAAGAAGGCCCUGGUGGAGAGCCCCCUGCCGCUGUUCCUCAGCUUCAGCGAUGCACGUCCCGGCCGCGUCUCCCACGGCUACAUCGUCUGCAUCAAAGACUUUGGCUGCAUCAUGCGUUUCUACAACAACGUGAAGGGCCUGGUGCCGACCAACGAGCUCAGCUCCGAGCCCAUCGUCAACCCGCAGGAGGUCUUCUACGUGGGGCAGGUGUUAAAGGCUAAAGUUCUCAAUUGUGACCCCGCUAAGGAGAAGAUGGCGCUGUCCUUUAAGGCGGCAGUGGAGGGAGACACAGAGGAAGCCCCCCAGCCCCAGUUUGACUGUGAGGUGGGGACGAAACUGGAGGCCAAGGUGCUGAAAAAGUCAGUCAACGGUCUGGAGGUCGCCAUCCUCCCUGACGAAAACCGUGCCAUGCUACCCACAAUGCACCUUUCCGAUCACAUGUCCAACUGCCCUCUGCUGUGGGAGAGCCUGCAGGAGGGAGACAACAUCUCAAACAUCGUAUGCUCCAGCAAGACCAAACAGCAUGUUAUCGUCAGCAAGAAGCCAACAGUGCGAUGGUCUCUGGAGGAAGGCGUGGUGGCCAAAGACUUCUCUGAGAUCACAGUAGGAAUGCAGCUGGUCGGUUGGAUCAAGAACAUCAUGUCGUACGGCGUCUUCGUGGAGUUCCCUUACGGCCUCUUUGGGCUCGCACCCAAGUCGGCCAUGACCACCAAGUUCCUCAGCGAUACGGCGUCUGCCUUCCAGCUGGGCCAGACGGUCCUCGCCAAAGUGACCAACCUGGAUGAGGAGAAACGGCGCUUCCUGGUCACGCUGAAGAUGUCAGAGGUCAUCUCUCCGGACGGCGAUGCCGAGACCAGACUCUUCAACGGCGUGCAGGAGAGAAAAGCUGUGUCUGAAAUGUUGGCUAGCAGAGAGAACAGUGAUCUCCACCAGCAGCUGGCUGCUCUGGCUGUGGGAGAGAAGCUGAAGCUGACUGUAGAUACUAGCUCCAAGGACAGCGGCGCCACAUUUAAGUCUGAUGAUUUGACCCAUGCCACCAUACUGGCCACCAAGCACCAUGUCAUGGGUGCUAAUCUGAGCCCAGGACAGAAAGCCACUGCGGUGGUCCUCCAUGUUGACAUCCUGUCCGGACAGGUCCAUGUGUCCGUCCUCCCCAAGCUGGUGGCAAAGAAGAAAUCUUUAACUGAAGGAACAAAGUACACGGUGAUGGUGCAGCACGUGGACAAAGACUUCGCCGUCAUCUCCCUGGAGGACACGGCCCAGCUGACGGUGAUCCAGACCAGCAGGCACCUAAAUGAGACCUUCCUGACUGACUCGGAGAGGCUGAAGGCGGGCAUGUGUCUGGCAGCUGAGGUGAUAGAAGCCAGCUGUGAGGCGCUGCAGGGUCUCCCCCUGGUGUCCUGGGCGCGCAGCGCACCCAACCGACAGCGCACCGUCUCAGAAAACCUGACGAGCACCAAGGGCCAUCGCUUCGGGGACAUCGUGCGGGGCAAAGUGAAGAAGGUGAAGCCCACCUCCAUCAUGGUCACAUUGGAGGACGGGAGCACGGGCAGCGUGCACGUGUCCGAGGUGGGGGAGGUCGCAGAUGUUCUUGAGGGGUCCUUCCCCACAUCCUCCGUUAAAGUCGGCAGCGAGGUCACCGCCAGGGUCAUCGGAGGACGGGAAGCCUCCAGUCAGAGAUUCUUGCCCUUCUCCCAUCCCAAGUUUACAUACACCAUCCCUGAGCUCACUCUCAUACCCAGCAAACUGGAUGAGAGCGCAGAUUUCAAAGCAGUUCCAACAAAAGAAAAACUAAACGGCUAUAAGGUCGGGGAAAAAAUUCAAUGCUUUGUUUCAAAGUUUGUUCCAGAGAGGAAGACUCUGGAGGUCACCACUGAUCCUUCUGUUACCGGGACAGUUGAACUGCUGGCCAUGAUCACCAAUCCAACAGGCACCAGCCGCCCAGAAAAACUCUACAAGCAGGGUCAAGCUGUGAACGCCAAAGUGGUGGAAGUGAGCUCCAAACCUCAACGCUUAAUGCUGUCACUCACGGGUGUCCACAAGCUGGAGAAACACAGUGUUUCUAUGGGGAUGGUGACCAAGAUCCAGCCGACCGUCGGCCUCCUGGUCAAGCUGCCGUUCGGCGGCAAGGGGGCCGUGGCUGUCACCGACCUGGCCGACGCCUACAGGCAGAACCCUCUGGACGGGUUCAGCAAGGACCAGCUGCUCAGAUGUUUCCUUCUCGGGGAAGAAAAUGGAAAGUGGCAGUUGUCUUUACGUCCAUCGAGACUCAAACAGAAGGAGACCAAGCCGGCGAAGGACCCGGAGGUUUUAUCUUUAGACAAACUGACGGCAGGCCAGAUCAUCAGAGGCUACGUCAAGUCUGUGGGAGAGCAGGGGGUCUUCAUCAGGUUGUCAGCGAGCAUCACAGGAAGAGCACAACUUCAACAGUCCACCAAAUACUUUGUCAACCACCACAAGGUCCUCUCUGAUCACCUGACCCCCAACAGCCUGCUCACCACAAAGAUCGUCAGCAUUGACACAAAGGAGGAGCUGGUCCACCUCUCUCUGCUCCCAGAGGACACUGGGAAGCCAGACGUCCUCCCAGAGUCCCUCGGCCUGCCGCUGCGUCUGCUCGGAGAGGAGAAAAAGGAGCACGACUCGAACAAGAGGAAACGUGCAGCAUCCAAGAGCGAAAAGACAUCAGAAGAGUCCACCGUCUCAAAGAAGAAGAAGAAGAAGACAAAGCAAUCGAAUAGUGAUGAGAACGACAGCGGAGUGGAGGUGUACUUCAGAGAAGAGGAGGAUAAGGAAGAAUUAACCAAAUCUGUUUCUGUGAAAGUGGCUCAGAGCUCAGCAGCUCCGUCCAGACUGCAGCUGGCAGCAGGUUUCUCCUGGGACGUGGCACUGAGCUCCCUGAAGCCGGCCUCUGUAGCGCAGGAGGGCGACUCCAGCGAGGGAGAGGACGAAGAUGGAAGCAGCAAGACCCAGAGGAAGACUCGCCACGAGCUGGAGCAGGAGAAGAAGGCGGCAGAGAAGGCCCUGGUGCAGCGGGAGACGGAGCUGAUGAACCCCAGCAUGCGGCCCGAGGACGCCGCCGCCUUCGAGCGCCUGCUGCUCGCCUCCCCCGACAGCUCCCUGCUGUGGCUGCAGUACAUGGCCAACCACCUGCAGGCCACGCAGAUCGAGCAGGCCCGCGCCGUGGCCGAGAGGGCCCUCAAAACCAUCUCCUUCAGGGAGGAGCAGGAGAAGCUGAACGUGUGGGUGGCGCUGCUGAACCUGGAGAACCUGUACGGCACAGAGGAGAGUCUGAAGAAAGUGUUUGAGCGGGCGCUGCAGUUCUGCGAGCCCAUGCCCGUCUUCCAGCAGUUGGCCGACAUCUACGCAAAGUGCGACAAGACCAAGGAGGCAGAAGGCCUGUAUAAGACGAUGGUGAAGCGUUUCCGUCAGAGUAAGGCGGUGUGGCUGAGCUACGGGACCUUCCUGCUCCAGCAAGGUCAGAGUGACGCUGCCAGCGCUCUCCUGCAGAGGGCGCUGAAGAGUCUGUCCUCCAAAGAAAGUGUGGAUGUGAUCACCAAGUUCGCUCAGCUCGAGUACCGUUAUGGUGAUUCGGAGAAAGGUCGCACCAUGUUUGACAAAAUCCUGACAACCUACCCGAAACGCACUGACCUAUGGUCCGUCUUCAUCGACCUCAUGGUCAAACAUGGGUCGCAGAAGGAAGUCAGGGCGCUCUUUGAUCGAGUGAUCCACUUAAGCGUUUCAGUACAAAAGAUCAAGUUCUUCUUCAAGCGCUACUUGGAGUACGAGAAGAAGCUCGGCACCCCGCAGAGCAUCCAGGCUGUCAAAGAGAAGGCCAUGGAGUUUGUGGAAGCUAAAGGCACAGAGGCUGCCAACUAAUGACCAAACACACACAAAUAACACUGAGCCUCACACAUGUUUGGAAACAAGUGUGUGGCUCCCUGCUAAAAAUUAUGAACUCCUCAGCUUGUAACCUAGUUUUUAUUGUACUGGAGACUGAAGGUCAUAACUUUUGUAAAGUGAGUUGUAACCAUCUAUAAAUGUCAAAACAAACUUGUAUUUAACAUUUCAUUUUAGACAAUUUUGUGUGUAAUGCUAUGAAGAGAGAAAUUAAUGUCAUGACUAUUAAUUACUGCAUAUUUGAAUGGCUACCAAACCUUUUAUGGGAGCAUGUUUCUAUAAAAUGACAAUGACGCUUCAAUAAAUCCAACACCAAUACA